GCCCUCGCAGCUCCAGGCCCCUCCCCCUCUGAGCGCUGUGCUCUCACAGACUGGCAGCUUCAUUCAUGAAAAGCGUGACGUGGGCAGAGCCCUGCGCGAGCAGCCUCGCGGACGCUCUCUCUCUCUCGCCACAGACGCUGCAGGAUCUCCCCUCCGUCAUCCUUCUGCUCCUCUCCCUCCAUUCAUCCAUCCAUCCAUCCUUCAGCGGGCGGCUUUUCUCUCCUCUCGGCUUUUCUUCCCUCUCAUCGAACGCGAGAAGGAGGACCAUGUGUGAGAGCUCUGUCAGCUGCAUCUCACAACUGAGCCCAGACAGGUGCGUGUGUUAGGGAAGACCCUGAAUCUCACUCACCUCUUCCGCUUCUGCACACACACGGCAUCAUGGGAAGCUCCCCGGAGGUGCUCUCCUGGACCACCUGCCCCAGUCUCCUGGUGGGCAAGCUGAAGGAGGAGCUGAAGCUGACGGUUGUGGGCGAAGCUCUAAAAAAGACCAAUCAGAACCUGUCCCCCCAGCCGCCAUCCCUCCUUAGCCCCUCCCCGACGCGGGUGCCCACAGACUCGGCCCCUGCCUCCCCCCAGGGCCUGCGGCCGCCCCGGCGGGACGGGGAGCACACGCCCGGGGGUGGGACAUCCCCCGUGGGGGCGCUGAGCGAGGACUCGUCCCGCGAGCAGAGGCACUUCGACAACAGUGUCCUGCAGCUGCAGGAGCAGGAGGACGGAGAGUCGCCCUCGUCUGGCAGUUUGGGGGAAUGCAGGCCCAAGGACGGGACGGAGGGAGGGGGGCGUCCAGCAGAGCACGGGGGAGGGUGCACUCGCCACCACCCACACGACGACGUCAAGCUCCAUUUCCAUAGGGCGGGGCACGGCAACAGCGGCUUCCUGGAGGGCCUACUGGGAUGUCUGAAGCCCGUCUGGAACAUCAUCGGGAAGACCUACUCCACAGAGUACAAGCUACAGCAGCAAGACCAAUGGGAGGUCCCGUUCGAGGAGAUCUCUGAGCUUCAGUGGCUGGGCAGCGGGGCUCAGGGUGCUGUUUUCCUGGGGAAGUUCCACUCUGAGGAGGUGGCCAUCAAGAAGGUCCGCGAGCAGAAGGAGACAGACAUCAAGCACCUGCGCAAACUCAAGCACCCCAACAUCAUCGGCUUCAAGGGCGUGUGUACUCAGGCACCGUGUUACUGCAUUAUUAUGGAGUACUGUGCCCAGGGGCAGCUGUAUGAGGUCCUCAGGGCGGGGCGCAAGGUCACCCCCCGGCUUCUAGUGGACUGGGCCUCGGGGAUCGCCAGUGGCAUGAACUACCUGCACCUCCACAAGAUCAUCCACCGGGACCUCAAGUCCCCAAAUGUGUUGGUCACCCACAAGGACAAUGUGAAAAUCUCGGACUUCGGGACCUCAAAGGAGCUCAGUGACAAGAGCACCCAGAUGUCCUUUGCAGGCACGGUGGCCUGGAUGGCCCCAGAGGUGAUCCGAAACGAGCCUGUGUCCGAGAAGGUGGACAUCUGGUCGUUUGGGGUGGUGCUGUGGGAGCUGCUGACCGGAGAGAUCCCAUAUAAGGAUGUGGACUCCUCCGCCAUAAUCUGGGGCGUGGGGAGCAACAGCCUGCACCUCCCCGUGCCCUCCACCUGCCCCGACGGUUUCAAGAUCCUCAUGAAGCAAACAUGGCAGGGGAAGCCCAGGAACAGGCCCUCGUUUCGGCAGAUUCUCCUGCACCUGGACAUCGCCUCCGCAGACAUACUGGGUGCCCCUCAGGAGACCUACUUUAAGUCUCAGGCGGAAUGGAGAGAGGAGGUGAAGCAGCACUUUGAAAAGAUAAAGAGCGAGGGCACCUGCAUCCACCGCCUGGACGAGGAGCUGAUUCGCCGACGGAGGGAAGAACUCCGGCAUGCUCUGGACAUCCGGGAGCACUACGAGAGGAAGCUGGAGAGAGCCAACAACCUCUACAUGGAGCUGAGCGCCAUCAUGCUGCAGCUAGAGGUUCGGGAGAAAGAGCUCAUGAAGAGGGAGCAGGCGGUGGAGAAGAAGUACCCUGGGACGUAUAAGCGCCACCCCGUCCGGCCCAUCGUGAGGUCCAACGCUGUGGAGAAGCUCAUCAAGAAGAAAGGCAGCACCUCCCACAAGCCUGGGGGUCAAACAGCCAAAAGACCAGACCUCCUUCGGACUGAGGGGAUCCCAAAAAUGGAGGCGCUGCCCUCCCCCUCUCCCCUGUCCGGCAGCCCCAGAGUGUCCACGCCUCCUGGCAAGACCAGGCACCGCAGCAGGCCGCGCCACCGGCGGACCAGCAGCAAGGGCAGCCACGGCGACUUCCCAGGAGCCCUGAAGAGCGAGGCCUGGCUGGCCGAGGAGCAGCAGCAGCACCACCAGCUCCCACCAGAGGGCGCCCUCCUCCCCCUGCAGGGCCGGGAAACCGCCGUGGCCAACUGCGCUAACAGCUUGCGCUACUUCGGCCCCGCCGCGGCGCUGCGCAGCCCGCAGACCGACCACCAGCAGCGCCGGGUCUCCGGCCCGGGCCCCGACCUCCUCUGCAGCACCGCCGCGGCCGCCGCCCCGCUCUGCCCCUGCUGCCGGGCCCGCCCCUUCCCCGGCUGCCCGCGCUGCCGGGAGAGCGGCCCCGCCCCCAACCUCCCCGCUCCGCCCCCGUACUCCUCGCUCGGCACCGACCGUGAAGGGGCCCAGCCCGCUAACUUGCAAACCCCUGAUUCCGCGGCCUCGGGGAAGGACACCGCAGAGAAGGGGGCGCUGCCAGGAGAGUCUCCUAGCAACCGUUCCCCCCCUGGACUGCUGAACGCCCACCGGCUGCUUGUGAAGGACGGUGAUGAGUCAUCUGAGGAGGAAGAGGGUGAGGUGGACAGUGAGGUUGAAUUUCCGCGGAGACAGAGACCACACCGCUGCAUGAGCAGCUUCCAGUCCUGCUCCACCUUCAGCUCGGAGAAUCUGUCCGCGUCCGACGGAGAGGAGGGGAACACCAGCGACCGCUCCCACAGCGGGCCCCUGGAGGGCCCCGGCGCCAGCCAGGAGGGGCCCCUGGACGAGCUGCUGUCCCACACGCCCGACAUCCCCAUCGACAUCUCCACCCAGUCCGACGGGCUGUCCGACAAGGAGUGCGCCGUGCGCCGCGUCAAGACCCAGAUCUCCCUGGGGAAGCUGUGCGCUGACGAGCACGGCUAUGAGAGCCCACUGCGAUUCGGCGAGCUGGACUGUGAAUCUUCAGAGGCCGAGUGCUCAGACAGCACCCUAAGGAACCACAAAGCCUGUGGCCCCUCUUCGUGGUGAACAUCCCCCUGCCCUCGACCACCACCACCAAACACGGAGGGCCCUGGCACUCCCUACACCAGGGAGCCUCCUCCAAGCAACAGCAAUAAGAUGAGCACACUUCAAAGACACCCCCCCCCCCCACCCGAGACUCUCACCAGGGAGAACUCAGAGAGUCCAUCCUACUGAACGAUGAUGUAGCUUCUGGUACAUGCACCCUUUGUUUUAUUUUAGGAAAAAAUGAACUCUGUAUAGAUAAGAAUACAAAAGAAAGAUUUUGUGAAAUUUGGAGACCAUAUGAUAUGGAUCAGUGUUGUGACGUCACCAUGCAUCUUGGAUCAGCCAGAGACGUUAUCACUGGCACCAGGGGGAACUGGGUAUCUAUGGUCCCUAUGAGGCACUGCAGUUGGUCCUUCUAGUUUCCGCUCCAUCCUUCUCUGAGGCCACAGGGAUUCCACUCCACUCUAACAAAGCCCUUUCGGUCUGUGUAGCAGUGUGGACCAUUCCAACAAUGGAGCCACCGUUUGUUUAAACGUAGGCUCACCGUGAGCUAGCAGUUCUGACGAAAAAUCCUUCCUUGGCGGUGUCCUCCGUCAGACAAGGACACCUCGUCUUCUCUCCUUGGAAGGAGGGGGAAAUAAUGUUCAAAGGGAUAUUUCACUUUCAGUUUUAAUGUACACUGUCUGUACUUUCUGGAGACAACGAUACACAAGGAGACAUAAUGUUGUGGUACGAGCUGAUUUGGAGUUACUGGAAGUGUAUUUUCUUGCUUUAAACCACAAACCCUAACCAUUGUGAAGCUAAAACUUUUGUAUCUAAAAUACCAUUCUUUGCCAACAAAAACUGUCUGUGGCAAUGAAAUACAUACAUAUAAUUAUAUUUUUAAAAAACUUGUGAAAGUGAACUAUCCCUUUAAACACCAGUGUGGUUGGCUCCUGUGCCCCCGCCUCCCACACACACACAUGCACACCAGUGGAUCAUUCUGGAACCUUCAAACUUGCCAGCCUAGCAUGUCUGCUUAGCCUGAAAUGCAAGACUACCUACAGAGCAUGAAUCAUGUUGCCAAGGAAACGCAAUCAGAUUACGCGACUGGUGUAUAUAGACAGCCAAGCCAACUCAGCCUGAUCCAAAACUGGCUCAAAAUCAUUUACCUACUUUAUGUUGAAUUUUAAUGUUUCAUUGUCCAUUUGUUCCUCUUAUAUGGGGAAGAUUAUGAACAGGAACCAAACUAGCGUUGACCUCUUGCCAUCCAGUCUGAUUUCUCCUUUCAUCCAUGUCUUAGGAGUAGCUUUGUGAAGGAGUGAAGUGCAAAUCACCCCACCAGUUCCCAGCACUUCUUGAAUCACAGAACUGAAGAACAAACUUAACUCUGGAAGCAAAGUAUUGCUUUAAGCUGAAAGCUUUUAAAAAAAAAAAACUCUGAUAUAACUGAAUUUAUCAUUUUAAAUCUUGUUUCUUUCAAGGUGCAGCAUCCCCUUAAAUUUCGUAAGCCUUUUUAUCCCAAUAUUCAGUCUUUUUCCCCUUUUGUCCUUUUUCUGAUACUUUGGUGUUGUGUGAUUCUACAUCGUUUUACAUUAAUUCAGAAACGGCAGCUUACAUAGAUCAGCAAGCAAGAGGCUUCUGGGUGUUUUUGGCAUGCGUGUUAACUGGAUAGAGACAGCCAUUUUUAUGUCACACAACCAGAACAUGCAAAGGCCUCGUGCUGAACUGAUCAGCCACUUCACUCCUCUGUGUCAGGCUGCACAGAUAACUCUUACUUUUCUGUUUUUUAAAACUAUGCUCAUGCUGGGUUUUUUUUUAAAAGGAUACUGCACCCUUUAUUAUUUCUGUAAUUUGCUUAUCUCUUUGCUUGGGUAUGUGCCCAGGGCCAUAAUCCAGUUAGGAUGGCCAAUCAGACUGAAUAUUACAAUAGAAAGAUUUCCAGCUCUCAAAAGAUAAGAACUGGGCAAGGAGGAAUUUAUAAAUGAAGUCUGGUAUCCUGAAAACACGUCACAGAACUGAGAACUGUAGAUUACAGUUUACUGAGAGGGUGGAGCAAGCAAUAUUUAGGAUUUUGGUCAGGUCCAGUGUCUGGUGUUUAAUAAUGAGUGUUUAACACCAGAAAAAUAAGCUCUGGCAUUGGAACAGCGCUGCAGACAUCUCAAAGGUUUGGGGCAAGGAACUUGUCGAAGGAACGAGGCCAUGGAGAACAAGCUAAUGUUUUUCUAUGAUGAAAUCUCUCAGUGUUAGCUAUAUAUGAACAACCCUUCAAUAGUGCAAGUAUACUGCACACUGUCAAUAUUGUGUGACCAGCACCCAGGGCUCAUGCGUAAUGUCACGUGACCUGGGUGUGAAGCUUGGUGCUGCUCAUUAACGAUCAGUUGAUUUUAGAGAUGGACUGUGAGUGAGGGAUUUGUGGCAAAGCCUUCCCUUCUCCACUGGUAAGUGAAGCAGAAGAGAAUCCUGUCAAAAUGUCAAGCUGAGCUACCUCUUCAGGUCAACCUCCACCACCUCCUCCUCCCCACCCCCCCAGAAAUAUUCAAAACUAAUUACUGGAAAUUGACACAAGGGUCCAGAGGUUGAAAGUACAAAGUCGUAUUGGCUGGAAAGCCUGUAUGUUAUGAUUGCAUUGAGUUUAAUGUAUUAAUUUAAAUGAACCUUUUUGUUUUCGUAGCUGGCCUACAGUACAUGAUUGUCAAAUUAAUUUAUGAUGUAAAAUCUUUUUUAAGUUUUUGUUUCAUCUGUAGAUCAGAAAUUUAUGUUAAUUUAAGGCAGCUUUGAAACAAAGUUUCAUUUUGGCAUCUUGUUGAAUUAUCCUUAGAGUGUUUUGCUGGAAGGAAAACACAGGCAAAAUAAAAUAUUCAGUGAAUGAAGAAACCUGUCAUGAUUAAAGUUAGAGAGAAAUUCUUGUCAUCACUUUAUUUACUGUUGUUCGGUCUUUACAAAGGAGCCCUCUGUAUAUCUGUCGUGCAAAAUCGCAUGCUCUAGUGGGUAACUUCUGGAACAUAGGUGGAGAAUACACAUGAAAGUCACACAUACACAUCACUCUCUUUCUGUCUUUCUCCCUCCAUUUCUCUUCCUUUUUACUUAUCUUUUUAUCGGUACCAAUAGCUACGCUCAUCCCUUUCUUGAUCCUUUGAGAACCAACUUUGUAGCAAUUAUUCUUGAGGAAUUACAGAUACUUUUGCAAACAUUUGUUACACAUUCAUCUCAUUCUGUCACACACAUAUGCUCUGGCUGAAAAACACUGGCAAUAAGAACAAGGAGCAAUGAGAAUACAGCAAUGGCUUUUGUUCUCAGUUCAGUAUAAAUCUCUAUUCAGUAGAGAGUUAUAUUUAGCAGACUGAGGCAUAUCAGA